UGCCUCUGAGGCCCCUCGGGACGUCUGGGCCCCUGCCGGUGCACAGUCACUGGUCUUUGGAGCCGUGCCCAGCCAGGUGCGCACGGUCGCCCCUCGCCCCCGCAGGCGCCCUUUGCAGACGCGGACCAGCGCGCCGCCGACACACCUCCAAGCUCCCGGAGCGCGCCCGGCACUAAGGGCUCAGCGGCAGGUGCUUCGCCGCGCAGACUCGCCGGGCGCAGGGACCGGCUUGGGCGCGGGGCCGGGUGGGGCGGGGCGGUGGCGCGCGUUCCCCGCUGGCCACAAGGGCCGCCCUGCGCCCGGCGAGGGGCGUGUGCGCGGGCCCCAUGUUCACGGAGCUAAGGACCAAGCUGAGCCCCCCGCGAGGCCGCGCCGGGGCUGUGCGCGCCGGCUUCGGGGAGCGCCGAGAUGUGGACGCCACUGCGCACUUCAGCUUCUGCCGCACCCUCCUGGAGCACACCGUGUCGGCCGAGAGCAUCCCCUGCCACCUGCCCAGGACCCCGGGCACCAGCCUCACCUGGCACGACUCCCGAGGCCAGAGGGCAGCUGGCGGCCGGCCGGUCAAGCUCCUGCAGCAGCCCGGCACCGAGGCCGCCCAGGGCCGGCCGUCCUCGGACCGCUGCGGCCUGUACCACACGAGCCCCUCGCUGGGGGGCCUGACGAGGCCUGUGGUCCUGUGGAGCCAGCAGGACGUCUGCAAGUGGCUCAAGAAGCACUGUCCCCACAACUACCUCGUCUACGUGGAGGCCUUCUCCCAGCACGCCAUCACCGGCCGGGCACUGCUGCGGCUGAACGCGGAGAAGCUGCAGCGCAUGGGGCUGGCACAGGAGGCCCAGCGGCAGGAGGUGCUGCAGCAGGUGCUGCGCCUGCAGGUGCGCGAGGAGGGGCGGAGCCUGCAGCUGCUCAGCCAAGCUUCCUUCGGACACAUGUCCUAGUGCCGCCCGAGGCCGGAGCCCCAGACCCCAGCACUGUGACCGGAGCCCGCGGCAAAGACGGGGCACAGCUCCUUCCGGACCUUCAGGGGCACCCGGGGCUGAGCCUGGCCCAGUGGACGGGUGGGACCGGGCUUGCCUGCUCCAGCCACCGCUGGCCGUGCGCCCCGGCUGUGCCGGGGGUUGGGUGGGUAGAGGCUCCGGGAGUGUGGGCCCGCCUCCAGGACCCGAGCUCCGGCCCACCCCGGGUGCUGCCGGUGGUGUUCGGGGCAGCCACCUGGAGCCAAAGCAGGGUUCGGACGCUCCCCCCACAACUCCCAGAGGGUGUGUAUUUAUAUUUCCUUCACCUCUAUCUUCUGGGGGUCCUGUCCUCUCCCAGGGCCAGAGGUCUGUCUGCCCACCCAUCCAGUUUCACGCCCUCCCUGUGCCCACUGAGGACUGCCCACAGAGGUGGGGAGAACUGCCCAGCUCCCCUUGCUGGGUGCCCACCCCCCACCCAGGCCCAGCGUCCACCCAGCCAAACGGACCCUGCCCAGCACCUCCCCUCCUUAUGUACGGGACCCUCACCACGCCAGCAGCCUUUCACAGGACGGAGGAGGGGCAGGUCCAGGACCGCCCGAGCACACAGGACCUAACGCUGUGCAGCGGGGACCCAGCACUCAGAGCCAGGCCGGGCCAGUCCUCUCAGGCUCAUGGAGGCCACCCAGGGGGCACAUCAGUGGGCGGGCACUCCCACUGCCCCUUGCCCAGGAAAACCCAGGUUCUCACAAGAGACUGGCCUGAGGGCCAUGCCUGCCCCCCGCCCUGGCUGGCUGCUGACCACCUCUCCUGAGGCCCGAAGGCCCGAGGCAGGGGCCGGUGCAGCCCAGCAGGGGGACAGGGAGGGCUGUCCUGCAGUCCCCUCCCUUGGGCUCCCCCGCCUGCCACUGCCUAGGGGGCCCCGAGAAUCCCAGGGACCGGUGAGGCCGAGCCCCAGCCCCCUCUCUGUGCCCUGAGCUGGCCCCAGCACGAGAGGUUGGUUGUUUCGGUCCCGAGUGUGGAAUUUGGGCAUGUGGCCUGGUGCUCCCCGCCCCCAGUGAGCCCCCAUGGGAAGCCCCCUUGUCCUGUCUGGCGCCCCAAGUUCCCCCCCUCGUGCCAUCACGAUGUUGCCCUUUCCAGGGGGCCCCUUCCUCCUCUGCCCCCUUCUCCCACCUCCAUCUCGCCCCUGCCCCCGCACCGAGUUCCUGUUUUGUCUUCUUGUUUUGUGUUCACUUUUUAUAUUCUGAUAAAAAAAAAAAGACCAGAAAUAAACCUGAUUCUCAAGUG